AUGCCGAGCACACACCACAGCCGGAGGAAAUCCGGCCAAGGCCUCUCCGCGAACACAUCCCUGACGGACGUGAGGAAAGCCACGAGCUCCUCGCAUCGACAGCGAAGUUCCGGCAGCUCAUCUAAGAAGUCGAGGGACCAAUCGAACUACAAACUCGGGAAGAGCCCCAAGGAAAGGGAAAGGGAAUAUUACGAGUACGCUGAUGACGGGGACGGUCGAGAUACCUUUCCCCAGUACUGUAUGGCUUGCGAAAAGCAGUUCCUGCCCGCCGACGACCGAUGCCUUUACUGCUCAGAAGCAUGCCGCGAAUAUGACGAAAACUCAUUCCAGCACAUUCCACCCCAUGGGGCGAGAAGCACGGGCUACCAACAACAAUCUACCAACUCAUCCACAUCAUUAUACAACUCGGGACAAUACCGCGAACCCAAAGACAUCAUCCCGCGCGCCUGCCCCUCUAGACCUACGUCAACGUACUUUGCGUCCUCGCCAGUGAUGCCGGGUGACGCAACAGCAGCAAUCUCGGCUCUUCGGUCACUUACCAUCCGGUCGGGCAGCCCGCCGUCACCGACGACAGGUAGUGCUGGUGGUGGAGUAGGAUCCAGCCUCUGGCCAUUCACGCGCAGCGCGGCAAGCCCGGAGACGACCUAUCCACGUGGGGGGUUCUCGUCGACCUACGACAGUGCGUACGGGAAAAUGGGGUACGCCUCGUCGGGGAUGGGCAUGGCUAGUGGUGGGUACGCUGGUCACUACAGUUCCAGCGGGGUGGAUCGCCCGCUCCCGUCUCGUCGGCCAGGUGGUUACUCAAGGCCCAAGAGCAUCGAGCUGGUGACGCCAAUGGUCAGUCGAUGA